AACCCGGCAGCCCACAGAAGGAACAAUCCCCCAGAUUACAUGUGUUUGACGGCUGCUGGUACAAUCCUUUCCAUAUGCAAAGAAAAUGACCAUGGAGACAAAAACCCCUCCCGAUCGUCAUGGCUUUCAGAUCGCCAUCAUCUGUAUGCUUCCCCGCCAAGCAGAUGCCGUGAUCGCGCUAUUUGACCACCAGUGGGAGGGUACUGAGGAGGCCUACAGUAAGGCUACCGGGGAUCCCAAUACAUACACCAUCGGUGUUCUCGGCGCGCACAACGUCGUGGUAGCGCAUAUGCCGCACAUUGGCAAGGUCAGCGCCGCUGAAUUUGCCAUGGGUGUGCGCGCCACGUUUCCGGCAAUUCAACUCGCCCUGGUGGUGGGAGUCUGCGGUGGCGUCCCGUCCAGCCCGCAUCAGCGUACGGAAAUAUUUCUAGGAGAUGUUAUUAUCAGCCAGUCGGUCACUGAGUACGAUUUUGGCCGCCAAGACCCGACGGGAUUUGAACCAAAGAACGCUGAAGAAGGGGGAGCGGGCGGUAGCAUACCUCGGUCGAUACAGGCUGUCUUGCGAAAGCUGGGGAUUGACCAUCAUUACAGUCGCCUCCAGGAAGAGACACGUAUAUGGCUCCGGACUCUGCAGUGUCAGCCUCAUGAAAAAUACCAUUAUCUUGGUAUGGGUUCCGACCGCCUCUUCCAGCCAUCAUAUCUUCAUCGCCACCGUGAUCCGUCUACAUGUAGCGACUGCGCAACCGAUAAUGUGUGCGCGGAUGCGACCAAGGCUUCUUGCAGCGAUCUGGGAUGUGACGAGGAUGGUAUUGUGCAUCGCGAAAGGCCUGUUGCCUCUGAUGAGUCGGACCCGAUUACAGCAGGCUUUCCCCCAACUGUUCAUCUCGGUCGGAUAGGCUCAGGGAGCACCGUCAUGAGAUCAGGCAGCCAACGCGACGAGCUUGCUCAUCGCGAGGGACUCAUUGGAUUUGAGAUGGAAGGUACUGGUGUCUGCAAUUUCUUCCCCAGUCUUGUCAUCAAGGGCGUCUGCGACUAUGCCGACUUGCAUAACACCAAGGUAUGGCAGGAUUAUGCAGCAGCUACAGCAGCUGCCUGCACAAAAGCAUUCUUACAGCAUUGGGCAUCAGAAGUCAUGGAAACAGUGGUGGACGUGGCUGGUGAUAGUCCCCGGAAAGACGUCGUGUUCAUGGUGGACAUCCACAGGGACGAUCAAUUUUUCGGACGGAAUGAGAUCAUGGAGGAAUUGGCGACUAAGCUGAAGACACAGGGCCGCGUGGCAAUAUUCGGUUUGGGAGGCAUGGGGAAAACCCGGAUUGCGCUCGAAUAUGCUCGCCAGGUCGCAGAGUCAUCCGUCUCGGUGUACUGGAUCCACGCACCGACAAAGGCUCUAUUUCUCCACGCAUACGAAAGAAUUGCUCAGAAAGUCUCCAUUGUUGGGUACAAGGCUGGUGACCGGGACAGUGCGUAUAUGUUGACGGAAUGGUUUGAAAGCGAUGCCAGUGGGCGGUGGUUCAUUGUGCUGGACAAUGCUGACGACCACGAAUUGUGGUAUGGACCCGAUCGCCUAGCGGACUUGCUGCCAUGCUCCACGAACGGAUCUAUCCUCCUGACAACGUGCGACAAGCGUGUUGGGCUGGAUUUCACUGGUUGUUCAUCUAAGCUGUUGCAGCUAGACCGACUGAACACCGGUCAUGCCCAAGAACUCCUGGCCAGCAAACUGGAAAUCCAAUCAAGCUUGGAAUCCGCGAACGAAUUGGUUGAAGAACUCGGCGGUGUCCCAUUUGCCAUCAUCCAGGCCGCAGCAUUUAUGAAGCACAACCGCAUCGAUGCAGGCGAGUAUCUACAGCUGUACCGGGAAGGCCCUCAGCGGCAGAUAGACCUACUCGGCGAGAAUCUUGAGGAUGGUAUUCCAGAGCUGGGAGGCAACAAGAACCCAAUUGCAACAACGUGGUUCAUCUCCUUUGAGUACAUCGACCGUAAUUUCCCGGCCGCCGGGGAAAUGCUAAGAAGAAUGUCCCUGGUGGAGUCGCAGGCAAUCCCCAUCUUUUUACUGGUGGCGUCGGAAGAUAUCUCUCCGGAUCUGUCCAAGGCACUAGGGACAUUGCAGGCGUUUUCGCUUAUUACACCUAGUGUGACGGAAGCAGGUGAAGUUGCCCAAGGCCAGGUAACAUAUGAUAUGCACCGGCUGGUGCGACUGGCUAUGCGCAUUUGGCUGAAACAGAAUCAGGAGCUACAGCGGUGGACAGCAAGCACUCUCAAGAUCCUGAGUCAAAAGUUCCCCAGCCUUGAUGACUUGAGUUGGCGGGUGGUGAAUAUCUGCAUCGCCUGCAUUCCACAUGCCGUUGCCCUACUUCAAUCUAAUGAGAUACGAUCCACCGGGGAGGAGGAAAUCGCAGCGCCAUUCGUCCCGCAAAAAGGGCUCAACGAUCAUGCAUCUCACGACGUUGCAUGCGGCGAGUGCACUGCAGUUCUGAUGCUCAAACUGGCGAGGGCGUGUAACGCCUCUCUACAUCACCAAGAGGCGGUGGACUGGGCGCUGCAGGCCUUUAAGGUGCGACAGUGGAUCUUUGGCCUGGAACAGGAGUGCACCGUUCAGGCAAUGGUGGAGGCCGCUGGUGCGUUGUAUGCUAACAAUGAGUUCACGAAGGCAAAGGAGCUUGGUCUCGUGGCUUUGGAGCAGUUGGAUAAGAUCCAACUCAGUCAGGCUCUGGAGGCAUACAAAUACGAUAUACUCGGAAUCAUCCAUUCUGAAGAGGGUAUUACCACCGGACUCCAAGAGUAUUUCUUCCGAGCAUUACAAAUUCGACUCCGAAUCUUCCCUCCAGACCAUCCUGCUGUCCUUCGGUCCAGAUCAAUCUUAAGUACGGCCUAUAUCAACGAAGGGCUAUACCCUGAAGCAGAAGCUCUGCUUAAGGAAACACUUGUCGUCUACAACAAGAUCUAUGGGCCCAUGAGCUUUCCUGUGCUACAGGUCAAGUUCAAUCUCUCAUGGCUGUUCCAGCUAUCUGGACGUGUGGAUGACGCUCUGCCGCUGAAUGCAGAGCUCACUGUGGCGCACCCUGGACCCGAUCAAGACCAGGAGUACGAUACCAAUAUGACCAUGAUCCAUUCCGGGAGACUCCUGUUAGAUAUGGGCAGACCAGCUACAGCAGUUCAAACCUUCCAAAAAGCUCUGAGUCUGAUCACCGAUGUCAAAGCAGGAACUUCCAUGGAGCUUGACGCCAUCAAGGGACUAAGUCAGGCACUCACUACCCUGGGUCAUUAUGCCGAAGCUGAACCCCUUCUGGUGCGGCUAGUCAAGUCCUACAUCCGACUAGCAGGCGACCAACAGAUCACUGUCAAGGCAAUGCGAAACUUGGCCGACUUGUACGAAGCCUGGGAAAUGUGUCUCGCGGCACAACCCCUGCGGGAGAAAGUCGCUCAAGUUGAGCAACGCCAUUUCGGCCGUGAAAGCGCCACUGCCUGUCUGAGUCAAUGUGAGCUGGGUCUAAAUCUCAUCAAGCAGGGAAGACACUCCGAAGCAAAGCCGCACCUGUACACUGCGCUGCAGUACCCCUUGGUAGCGGAUGAUGCCGGAAAGCAGGAGAACGUCAAUCGUAUGAAUUCGAUCGCCAAUGGUCUCACAGAGUGUGGGUUUGAUCGGGAUGAAUAUCUUCUGGAAGCGGAGCAUGUCGCAGUGGAUGCCGUGCAAUUGAUCCGACCACGUAUUAAGAUCCUACCCUAUGUGGCACAGUCCAGCUUACAGAGCCUCGGCCUCGUGUACACACAGCUGGGGAAAGCUGCCGAGUCAGAAGAGCAAUAUCUAGAGGCGUUGGACGUUGUGAGCGGACGGAGUCAGGCCCAAUGGCUGAUGCCGGAGGUGAUGAUCCGAUGCUCCUCUGUCUUGCUCCAGCAAGGAAAAUAUUCCGCUGCGAUGAGCAUGGCUGCCCAAGGCGUAGGAAAGCUUGAAAUGCAUCAUGAGCCCAAAAGGGUAGUUCUAGCACGCGGUAAGGCUAAUCUGGCAACUGCGUAUAUGGAGUCGGGAAACUAUCGUUUGGCCGGGUCGCUCUCUUUGGCCGUCCUAUACGGAGAGUACGAGAAAGCCUGGGACCCGGAUCAAUCGACUGUAUCUUCUCUUCUUCAGACAUUCGGGCUCAUUCAGGAUGUUGCUAAGGUAUUGAACGGCAUGGGGCGGUGGGAGCGGUCACAGCAAAUAUUCGAAAAGAUUCAGGUAAUAUUAGUCCAAUUGCUGGGCACAGCGCAUAUGCGCACUCUUCAAACCGCAUUACUUCUUCGAGAUGCUUUGAACCUGCAGGGCAAAUUCAUGGAUGCCUUGAUUCUUAGUCUGGAGUGCAAAGACUGCUAUUGGCAGCGAGUCCGGCAGGACACAGCGUCCGAGCGGAUGAUGGUGGCCCAAUUGGACAGCGGGAUUGCUUGGGCGUAUCAGGGGCUGGGAGACUAUACGACAGCGGAAGCACUCUCACGUCAGGCGUUGAAGACCAUUACAGAGAUAACCGGUGCAGACAGCCCUGAGUCGCUCCAUGCGGCCGCCAUCCUGGCCACCAUCCUCGUAUCCCAGGGUGGUCCGAAACUGAUGAAGGGUAGUGCUAUUCAACGUCGCGCCGUGGAGACCUGGACCUCACUGGCGGGAGAGAAAUCGCUACAGACUCUUCGCGCAAUGGAGGCGGUAGCCAAGACGAGCGAGAUUCAGGGUGAUCAGGAGCAAUGUCGAGUUUGGACAGAAAGGGUUGCUUCCGUGAAGCAGACCUUUGAGCCCAUUCUUGCAGAGGAUGGGGAGAAAAUUGAUGAUUUGGUGAGGCAGCUCUUUGAAAAAUGGGCUGAGAACGGUGAACAAGUGAUAGAAUCGAUGGACCGACGCAGGAGGAAAGUAUGCACUAUGUCUUUGCCAUAA